AUAAGACUUUGAUAAAAAUUAUGAUGUGCUGGUUUGGAUAGUAUAUGCUGAUUUUUGCAAACGCUCUUUAUUAGUUUAUAUUCAAUUGAUGCAUGAUGAACUCAUCCCCUCCAGGGACCAUUCCCGGGUUUUAUAUCCAUAGAUCGAUCAAUCUUCAUGGCAGAUUCCGUGUGCCUUACCCACAAAAAACUAUAUUUAAAGAACAAACACCCCGAUUUGCUACGAGAAAAGCCGCUUGUUCGAGCUAAAGCGCACGCCGGCGAGGCCACCGUCCGGAAUCAUCGUUCUAAUUCCCCAAUUACCCUCUUCUGUCCGGAAUGGCGUUGUGCGGCCCUGGCGGCCCUUGCGGUCCUUGCGGCACAUGCGGUUGUUGCGUGUAUUGCGGCUGCUGCGGGAAAGAUCCAAAAGCUGAAGGCGAUUACCGAGAAUCGAGCGGGUGUUGGUAAGCUAUAUCUCAGCAAGAAUAUAGUCAGCCACUGUCCCCAUUAAAAAAUGGGAUGAAAAGAAAAAGAAGAGAAAAAAGAAAAGAAAAAGAAUAACAAAGGCAUUUGUUGGAAACCUUGACUUGAAAUGCAAGAUUCCAUUU